AUGGCUGGAACACAAUUUGCAUGUGGCGUUUGUGACGAGAAAUCCGAUGCUUUUCACUUUGGCGCCUUUUCCUGUAAUGCCUGUGCUGCGUUUUUCCGCAGAAUUGUUUCUAGCAACCAAACUCCAAAAGUGCAGUGUUCUGGAAAUUGUGAUUUGACAAAUCAUAUUUUGAGACGAAUGUGUCCAAGUUGCCGAUAUGAUAAGUGUCUGAAAAUUGGAAUGAAGCCAUCUGCAGUUCAAUCGAAACGUGCUAAAUCAGAUGAAGUUCCAGAAAGCAUUUUGGAAGAACUGAAGCAGUCCUAUGAGCAUUUGAGAGAGCUGCGACGGCACACUUUCAAAAACGAAACUUCCAAAUUAACAUUUUUCGAAGAAAUGGAUGAAGUAGUCUCUAUUGAUAUCAAUUUGAUACUGGAUACUAUGAUGAAGAAGUUCACAAAAUUGGCACCAAUGACAGAUGAUCAACACAGAUGCCUCAUCACCAACUUCUUAGUUUUAUUCAUUAUAGCUGACCAGUGUUUCCGAUCUAUAGAUUCCGAUUACACGAUACUUGCCAACGGAAAUUAUGUUGAUGUGCGGAAUACAGACCAACAUUAUCAAAGUACCAGCGGAGUUGUUGAUGAGAACAGAGUGGCUAGAACAUCAAUGUUUCUUGCCCCUUAUUGGAGACUUGGACGAGGGAUGAUGUUUCGGAGAUUCACAGAAUUAAGAAUUGAUUUGAAUGAGUUUAUGUUGUUUCUGGGGCUAAUUUAUUGGGAUUUCGGCCUUCCGGACCAAACAGACGAAUGCAUAGAAAUCUGUCUAGGAAUGCGGACUCGAAUAUUUGAAGAACUGAAAAACUAUGAACAAAAAAAGUGUCGUAAUGAUGGAUUUCCAUUGCGUAUUGGAGAAAUAAUGUUAUUGCUACAGAUGGUUCAAAAGUACUCCACAGUGAUGCAAGAAUAUAAAACUAUUGCGAUAAUGGAAAGCCCUCCAGGUCUUCAAAUCUGCGGAGUCUGCGGGGAAACUGCGGAUGCUGUACAUUUUGGUGCGCACUCAUGUAGAGCCUGCGCAGCAUUCUUUCGAAGAAAGGUCGCUUCUGGAAAGCCAAUUCAAGUGAGUCGAUGUGCUGGAAAUUGCAGAUUAGAGAACCAACUUCUCAGAAGACUUUGUGCAUCGUGCCGGUAUGAUAAAUGCAUUAAAAUUGGAAUGAAGACGUCGGCAGUGUUGUCAAGGUUAAUAGUGAAAUCAGAACCAAGUUCAAGUGAAUUUAGUCCAUGGAUGGGAGAGAACUUGUUGGAUCAGAUGAAAGCGGCAUAUGAAAGGUUGGAAAAUGCAAGGAGUGAGGUUUUCAACUUGGAGACUCGUGUCCCCAAAACUGCAAAUUAUAAAGAACUGAACGAAAUGUGCAAUAUCGAUAUCUCACUUAUUAAGCAACACUACUCAAUAUUUUUCCAAUCAAUCACACCAACUGAUGAUGACCAACGAGGGUUUCUUGAAAACCAUUUCAUUGUCCCCUAUGUACUACUUGAUGGGGCAUUCAAAUCACAAGACGGGGAUCUCGAUUUCUUUCUAAUGCCUAAUGGUGACUAUGUAGACAUUCGGAAUCUGGACAAUUUCUAUCAAAAUCCAGAGGAAAAAGAUGAUUCAAUAGCAGAGGGUGUGACAGUAUUAAUGAAACCAUAUUGGAUGUUAAAUCAACGAGUGCUGAGAAAAAAUGUGAAAGAAGUGAAACUUGAUUUAUCAGAAUACCUAUUCGUUAGUGCGUUAAUAUUUUGGGAUUUCGGGAUCCCGAAUCAAAGCGAUGAGUGUAUCAAAGUCUGCAAACAAAUGCGGUCACGAAUAUUUGAAGAACUCACAAAUUACGAGAAAAGCAUAAUUAAAACAGAUGAUCAUUCGCUGAGAGUUGGAGAGAUUGUCAUCGUACUACAAGCAGUUCAAAAGGCACUUGGCAUAAUGCACGAAUGUAAUGAUAUCUCAAUGAUUUAUAACUUAUACGGAAGAGAGUGUCCUUUGAUUAAGAGAACAGAAUUAAACGAGUUCAAAUAA